UAAACAAACACAAGCCAUGGAUUGAAACAUCUUAUCAUGGAGUUAUUACUGAAAACAAUGAUACAGUCAUACUGGAUCCUCCACUAGUUGCUUUGGAUAAAGAUGCUCCUGUUCCAUAUGCAGGUGAAAUCUGUGCUUUUAAAAUCCAUGGACAGGAAAUGCCCUUUGAAGCUGUAGUCCUAAACAAGACAUCUGGAGAAGGUCAGCUUCGAGCAAGAACUCCAGUUGACUGUGAAUUGCAGAAGGAGUACACAUUUAUCAUCCAGGCAUAUGACUGUGGCAUAGGGCCUAGUGGAACAAACUGGAAGAAAUCUCACAAAGCUGUGGUCCAUAUCCAAGUAAAAGACGCUAAUGAGUUUGCACCUGCUUUUAAAGAAGCAUCUUAUAAAGCUACUGUGACAGAAGGAAAGAUCUAUGACAGUGUGUUACAGGUAGAAGCCAUGGAUGAAGAUUGUUCUCCUCAAUACAGCCAAAUAUGCAAUUAUGAAAUUGUCACAACUGAUGUUCCAUUUGCCAUUGACAGGAAUGGGAAUAUCAGAAAUACUGAAAAGCUCAGUUAUGACAAAGAGCAUCAGUAUGAAAUAAUGGUAACAGCUUUUGACUGUGGGCAGAAACGUGCAACUGAAGAUGUCCUGGUACGUGUUGAAGUUAAGCCUGUGUGUAAACCUGGAUGGCAAGACUGGAAAAGACAUAUUGAGUACAAGCCUGGUUCUGGGAGCAUACCUUUAUUUCCUAUCAUUCACCUGGAGACUUGUGAUGGACCUGUUUCUUCUAUCCAUGCCACUGUUGAGCUUCAAACCAACUCUAUUGGAAAAGGCUGUGAUCGUGAGACAUACUCAGAGAAAUCCCUGCAGAAAUUAUGUGGGGCAUCAUCAGGGGCCAUUGACCUGUUACCAACACACAGUGCAGCAAAUAACUGGACAGCUGGUCUUCUGAUGGACAGCAAUGACAUGAUUUUUAAAUUUGAUGGAAAGCAAGGUGCCAAAAUUCCUGAUGGAAUAGUACCAAAGAAUCUAACUGAUCAGUUUACCAUCACCAUGUGGAUGAAACAUGGCCCAAGUCCAGGAUUAAGAGCAGAAAAAGAAACAAUUCUGUGCAAUUCUGAUAAGACAGAAAUGAAUCGACACCACUAUGCACUUUAUGUGCAUAACUGUCGCCUAGUGUUUUUGUUACGGAAAGAUUUUGACCAAGCUGAUACUUUCCGUCCUGCAGAAUUUCACUGGAAGCUUGACCAGAUUUGUGAUAAAGAAUGGCACUACUAUGUUGUCAACGUUGAGUUCCCAGUAGCUACCUUGUAUAUGGAUGGUACAACAUACGAACCUUACCUUGUAACUAAUGACUGGCCUAUUCAUCCAUCACACAUAGCAAUGCAACUCACUGUUGGAGCCUGUUGGCAAGGAGGAGAAGUCACGAAGCCCAGAUUUGCUCAGUAUUUCCAUGGCAGUCUUGCCAGCCUUACCAUACGACCAGGCAAAAUUAAGAGUCAGAAAGUGAUUUCCUGCUUGCAGGCUUGCAAGGAAGGUUUGGAUAUUAAUUCCCUGGAGAGUCUUGGCCAAGGAAUAAAGUAUCACUUCAAUCCUUCCCAGUCAGUCCUUGUUAUAGAAGGAGAUGACAUUGAGAAUAUAAAUGAAGCUCUCCAAAAGGUCUCCUAUAUCAACUCAAGACAGUUUCCAACUUCAGGUAUUCGCCGCCUUAAAGUGUCAUCCAAAGUCCAAUGUUUUGGUGAAGAUACCUGCAUUAGUAUUCCAGAUAUAGAUGCCUAUGUGAUGGUGUUACAAGCCAAGGAGCCCAAGAUUACAAUAACUGGAAUGGAUCACUUUGCAAGACCUGCCACACAAUUUGAACAUGAAAGAGGUGUGAUUCUUUUACAGGAUGUCAGAAUUGUCAGCACAGUGUCUAAAAUGGAACAUCCCUCUGACCUGAAGGAAACUGUGACUAGAGCCCAUAAACCAGUUCUGUUAGAAGAAAUGGAUCACAAUUUGGAUUUCUGUGAUAUUUUGGUAAUUGGGGCAGAACUGGAUCCCAAGCAAGAAUGUUUGGAAUUGGAUAAGAAAGAUCUUCAAGGGAAACACAUAGAAGCUACUAACUCCACAGCAGGAUAUUCAGUAUAUGGUGUGGACACUGUGAAAAACUAUGAAAAGGUCUUACAGCAAAUUCGCUAUCGUAAUUGGCACACAUCUUCCAUUUCUGAUAGAAAGUUUAGAAUCAAGUGUUCAGAGCUGAAUGGGCGUUACACUAGCAAUGAAUUUAAUUUAGAGGUUAAUAUUCUACAUAAUUCCAACUCUAAUUCCAUGGAAUAUGCAAAUCAUAUAAUAAUACAGCCACAAUUUCUCCAGUCUGUCCAUCACCCAGAGGAAAGCACAAAUAAUAUUCAAGGCUCAGUACUUCCAAGUACGGCUACCAUUUUCAUAAUAAUCUGUGUCAGUGUCCUAGUCUUCAUCAUAGUUCUGGGGGUAUACAGAAUUCAGUCAGCUUACCAUCACACUUCAAAGGAACAUGAAACUAGUAAAGAAAAUGAAAUGGACUGGGAUGAUUCAGCUCUGACUAUCACAGUCAACCCCAUGGAAAAAUAUGAAGAACCUUGUUGUGGAGAAGAAGAAAGUGAUGAGGAAGAAGUUGAAGAUGAAGAUGAUACAAGUGCAGACUCAGAUGAGACUGAGGAGGAAGAGGAAGAAGAAGAAGAGGAAGAAGCCAUUGGGAAUAAAGGAGGCAAACAAAAUGCGACCAGGCAAGAUCAGUUGGAGUGGGAUGAUUCAACAUUACCUUACUAG